AUGUGCUACGACUGGGACUGCUAUAGCGCAAUAGCAGCUGGUGGAUUUUCAUUUCUGUUGAGCGAUGGUCUGCAUCAGAUUGGUCCAGAAUGGUUUACCGUUGAAAGUUCACAUCGAAGGAAGGCUGAACUGCGUGCAAAUGGGCGUCUUGUGCUACCACCAGGAAGAAAUCCUGCGGUUAUCGGAGCUGACUUGCUUAAAGUUCAACUGAAGCCUCAGCAGCUCGUGUACUUGGUGACAAAGGUGCCACGGUACGGACAACUACUGCUUUCCGGUGUACCAACUAAGAGAUUCACUCAGGAGGAUAUCAACGAGCGGCGACUAUCCUUCAAGCCGGAUAGCGAUUUUCUGGAUGAAUGGACCAAGAGAGAUUUAUUCCUAUUCAGAGUGGUCACCACCGAUGAUACGAUGGAUGAUAGAGCGGCCGACGAAUAUCGCUUCAAAAUUUCUAUUACUUACGCUGCACUACCUUCACAUCGCUUGCAUGAAAUUUUCCAAAUAAGAAGCGUCAUUGUUUCACGCGGUAAAUAUUGA